UGGAAACCGAAAUAUUGAUGAUUUUAUUAAAAGUACACAUUUGAAAUUAAGAGCAGAUACAAGACAUGUUUUAGAAUGGAUUCCAUUCGAGGAAUUUGGGAAUAUAGAGAAAAUCGGCAACGGUGGGUUUAGCCAGAUUUUCAGAGCAACUUGGAAUAAAGGAAUAAUUACUAGUGUAAACGCAAUCGGAACCGCACGUCGGAGUAGUAUGGAAGUUAUUCUAAAAGUACUAGAUAAAUCGCAAGAUAUAGACGUCGAAUUUUUGAAGGAGCUAGAUUUAACAUAUAAAUUCAUGAAUUCUCGAACAAUAUAUUAUUUAAUUAGCGUUUAUGGAGUCACUCAAGACUCCGAGUCGAAGAACUAUGCCUUUGUUCUGCAAUACAUUAGAGAUGAAGCAGAGAAGGACCGAAAACAGCUGAUUGCACUUAAUAAAUUACUUACAAAAGAUCUUGGUAUCGAACAUCCAAAUUCAAAAUAUCAUAGCAGACUCUUAAAUCCUAUGUUAGAUUCUCUUGGAUUAUCGGUAAACUCAACUCAUUUGUUUAAGAGUGGCCAAAUAUCAGAAUUUUCUUCUAGAAGUAGCUUCGAUAUAUUAAACAUCAAUAGCGUUAAUUCUGGAAUAAAAUCACGCGCAGAAAAUAUUAGAUGUAAACUCGAAGUUAUAGAAAACAAAGAUCACGAUAAAAUCAAACAAGAAUGUGAAGAACAUAUUGACGUGGAUAGAAAAAAUGAUCGUAAUACGGAAAGUACCCAGCUGUUGUUUCAAACGUCUACGGUUAUGUCACCGGGAGCUUGCAAUUUCGAAAAUAAUAUGGAUGAAUGUAACUGGAACAAUCAACAAUGGGACCAAUUUAUUCCAUUUGAUAGUGAGACGUGUACGUUCAUGUCAUUAGGAGCCGGAACUUACAAUCACGUUGUGGAGGAUAUACAUCCAUGGAACUACAACCAUGCACAGUUAUGGAACUACAACCAUACCGUAAAUAAUGCGCAGCCAUGGAACGAAUAUACAUAUGUACAACCUGAUUUUCGGGAACAGAUAAAUACUUCGCAGAGAGUAUAUGACCACGAAACCAAAAGUCAUAUUUUAAAUACACAGCAGUGGGGUCAACAUACUCAAUCAAAUUGUGAAGAAUAUACAACCACGGUACGCAAUGCCCACGACUAUAUCGCGGAAGGCACACAGCCAUGGAAUCAAGAUGCAAAGAAGAAUACAAUGAGUUAA